GACAUCGUGAUGAGGGUGAUUCCCGGUUUAAACCAACUACUGCGAUCAGUUGGCUGAGCCUGCAGGACGGGAAGUGGCGGAACUGAAGCCUGAAUGCUGAAUGAACGUUACGCAGGUGACUGGGACCGGCGCCUACCAUCACCGACGGUCGUCCUGUCUUCCGCCCAGCCCGACACCGGUGUUCGUCCGUGCCCAGACAGCCAUGGCGUCCCCGGCCGAACGGCAUGAGCCAGCCUAAGAUCGAGCUAGUCCGCCUAUCGUCGUCUGAGUUCCGCGCGUUUCCGCCGAUUAAUUUCGUGCAGCUGUGUGUCCGGUACAGUCACCGCCGUAUGGAGAGCUACGCCGGUCUGGCAGGUCGCGGUCCGCCGCAGACUGCCGCGCCCGCAGAGCCGCGCUGCCCAAAGUGCGUGAAGCGGCGCCGCCCGUGUGCCCAUCUCGCCGACCCGGCGCGACCGUCCGGCUGGGGCCGGUUCCGACCCCGCCCCGCCGUCAAGUCGCUGGAGAAUGUGACCCGGGACGACGCGCGGCCGGUCACGACCACCAAAUCCUGUGAGAACAUGCUGCAGGUGCGUCGGCAGCCCCUGGCCGGCGAGGGGCGCCGCUCGUCGCCGCUGGUCUGGCGCGAGACGACCCGCUCUGAGGAACAUCUAGCCGGUGGAGCGCCGCCGCCAGCGCCGCCCGACCUGCGAGCCGCCAAGAGUCAGGAGUACUUCCAGAAAUACACGAUAGAUGGCAGUGGGGAUCUGGUGCCGCUCGGACUCGGUAGAGGCUCGCAGAGCGUGCCCGGCAGCCCCCGCGGUCUAUGGGGAAAGUCUAGCACAAUGCCAAACAUGCACCGGACGGACGAGCCGCCCCCGGAGAAGCCCCGCAGGACGAUCUCUAGUUUCCUGAAGCGGCUACAGCCGCGCCUGCUGCGCGCCAGUCUGAGCUCACGGGGGGUGGCGCGUCGACCCUGGAUCGUGGUAGAGUUUCAGGACGUGGACGGUGACAGAACCAGCGUCGGUUCGCAGGAGCGAGAGACGUUCGGCUCGGCGCAGAAGGUGUCGCUAGUGAAAAGUCGCCAGAGCUCUCGCGAGGAGCUGGGCGCGGGCACCGACUCGAUGCUCGAUCUGAUGCGUCGGGGACAGGUGACGGCGGGCAGCGGGGGCGACCGAUCGUCGCCGUCGACUCACACCGUACAGGGACGGACACCGGCCGGUACUGGCGCACAGGUGAGUGCUGCUGCUUCACUAAGGGGUAUCGGGAACUGGAGGGACGUCCCCUGA